CCAUGGUAAAACCCCAACGGCACCAUACGGAUUCCGCAAGUCAACGUUACGCAAGUCCGCUGUCCUGUCUGCGCUCAAAUCAGACAUUAGAAAAUUCAGGAAGGCGUACGCGUCCCUCCAUGGACUUUGCCUGCAGACCUUCCUCCUUCCUCUCCUCUUCUCCUCUCAGUCCUCGUCUUUUCAUGCGCCUCCUUUAGCUGUUCUAAACCUCCGGAGCUCCAUCUUCCCCGUCUCCCCUGAGAUCACCCUCUGUUUUUUUUUUUUCUGUGAUUGAGCAUCUGGGGUAUUUCCUUCCUUUUCUGAAGGAAAACCUGAGGCAUGCUUUGAUUUAUCAUUUCGAAGACUAGAAGCUACUUGCCUUACUUAUUUGAAGUCAAAUCCAGCCAAAGAUGACCAAAGGUUUCGACUUGGUUUCAGCCAAAGCAUUUGUACAAUUGACAUUGAAAGGCUAGUCCCACAGUUCUAUCAUACAGUUAUGACUUGUUUCUCUUUCUUAUUCAGUAGGAGGAGAGAUUCAUCAACUAAACGAACCCUUGAAGUUGAUGAAGAAUUUCAAGGCAUCGACAAUGUUAUUCUGUACCCGAUCAAAGAACUAAAAAAUGCUACUGAAGAUUUCAGUCCAGCAAAUAAAAUAGGGGAGGGUGGUUUUGGUUCUGUGUAUAAGGGAAAGCUCAAAGAUGGGAAAAUCGCUGCCAUAAAGGUUCUUUCAGCUGAGUCAAGGCAAGGAGUGCGGGAGUUUUUGACAGAGAUUAAUGUGAUCUCAGAUAUAGAGCAUGAAAACUUAGUUAAGCUCUAUGGCUGUUGCGUGGAAGAAAAUAAUAGAAUUUUGGUCUACAACUACCUUGAGAAAAAUAGCCUUGCACAAACUCUUCUUGGUGGAGACCACAGUAGCAUCCAGUUUAGUUGGCGAACAAGGACUAGAAUUUGCAUUGGGGUUGCUCGUGGCCUUGCUUACCUUCAUGAGGAAGUGCGACCACGUAUUGUUCACAGAGAUAUUAAAGCAAGCAAUAUCCUCCUUGACAAAGACUUAACACCCAAAAUUUCAGAUUUUGGUCUUGCAAAGCUUAUUCCAGUCAACAUGACUCAUGUUAGUACACGUGUGGCCGGAACAAUAGGUUAUUUGGCACCAGAGUAUGCUAUUAGAGGACAAUUGACACGGAAAGCUGAUAUUUACAGUUUUGGUGUUCUCCUCAUGGAAAUAGUCAGUGGGAGAUGUAACACAAACACAAGAUUACCUAUUGAAGAACAGUAUCUUCUUGAAAGGACAUGGGAACUUCAUGAGAGAAGAGAACUGGUGGCUCUGGUAGACACAUCAUUGAAUGGCAACUUUGAUGCAGAGGAGGCCUGCAAGUUCCUAAAGAUAGGUCUUCUCUGCACACAAGACACUCCGAAGCUGCGGCCAUUGAUGUCCACUGUGGUCAAGAUGCUCACGGGUCGGAUUGCUGUCGACGAUGAAAAGAUCACAAAGCCAGGCCUAAUCUCAGAUUUCAUGGACCUCAAAAUCAGAAGCUCCCACAAUUCUAAGCCUAAUGUCAUGGGCUCACCUUACAACGACUUUUUAUCGAGCUCCGUUAAGCCCGACAAUUCAAUGUCCUCCAUGGGAACCUCUACUGCCGCAACCACCACCUUCACUGCAGUGUAUGACCGAAGCAUUUAAAAAAAUUCGCGAAGGCUAGUUCAAUUUAAUUUAUUAAUUCUAUUUAUUUUGGGUUUUGCGGGGGCUUGCUUGUUUUCUUUUGUGAAGCGUACAACCAUGUUUUCUCUGUAUACCACACUGGAAAUUUCAGCCAAAAGAAGGCUACUAUUGUAAAAAAAAUGGACGAGAGGCUUCUUGGCAAAUCAAAAACAAAAGUUUUGUGAGGGGUUGAUCUCUCUUUCCUUUGCUGAAAAUAUAAUUAUUCCACGCUGCUGUUCUUCA